AUGGAGAGGAGGGACAGGAGGAGGCGGUGGCCUCCAGCUCCUCCGACGACCCACCCACCUGCCGCGGCUCCCCGCUCCCCUCCUCCAAGCGUUUCAAGCCGCUUCCCCGCUCGCGUCCCUCCUCCACCUCGCGGUCGCCGCCCCGCUGCUCACCACCCUGCGAUUAUCGUGGAUCCUGGCUCCUGCGGCGCGUGGGUACCUGAUUCCCGGGCUCCUGGCCCGCGCUGUGCAGAACUAGAGCUCCGGCAGCAAGGCCACCUGCGUGCCUCCCCUACGGCCGUGCUGCCGUGCGCCGACGUGUGGGAUCUCAUCGACCGCCCGUCCCAGCCGCGGCUGCACGAGCGGAUGGUCCACUCCUCGGCGGAGUCCCUGGGGGCGCUCAAGGAGCGUGCACGUGAAGAGCUCCUGGCCGGCGACGGCGCCGCCGCGCUGACGCGGUUCCAGGCGCAGAGCUCCCUCCUCUGGCAGUGCAUCACCCGUGCCCGACGUCUGUCGCCGGAGCAGGAGACGACGUGUCGCGUCGCCAUAAACAGCCACGCACGGCCCCAGCCGCCGCAGCAUCCUCCAGCAGACGAGAGAGCCUCUCCUCGCUCCCCUCCCUUAAAGCUAGAGCCUGGCGGCAAUGAGCUAGAGGCACCACCUGAGCACCGGACGGAGGAGGUCAGCCGGUCGAGGAUUCGAUGCGCGGCGGCAAACGACGCAAGGACAGGGACGGUCGCGUUGACAACAGGACCGGCGGCGACGCCAGUGGUUUUCCAGUUUGGUGCGCAUGUACUCCCUCCUCCACUCUAUGCCUCUCCCCUCCCCUCUGCUUCUGUCAAUUUCAGGCAGCACCGAUGCUGCAGGGGUGAGGAGUAAUUGGUUCCCUUCUCGAACAUAGCUACCUAGGUCUUGGACAUCAGAUUUCCAUCGCGUUGUAUAUAACCCCUGGCCUUGGUGCGUCGUGAUGGAGUUCUACGACACUGCCGACAAUGGGGUUGGUGGAGCAGCCACGCUUGGCUGUUGAUUUUCUAGGCUGAGGAGGCAGGCAAGGUAUCCGUGGUAGUAUCCAUCUAGGGUCCAUGUGGAGAGCAGGGCUUCACGAUGACACAGACGUCUAGGAGCACUGGAGGCAACAAGAAUAAUCGAUUUGAGAGGUUUCAUGGAGUUGCUCUGCUGCAAUUUUUUAACAGUUUGGACAGAUAGGUUUGGUUCAGCCACAAUUUUUUUAUUUCCUUGACUGAUUGGUUUGGAUGUUUAUGUGGUUCCCCUAAUGCUAUUACUCUAAAUUAAACAGGUAAGGACCCAUUUUCUUUACAAGAAAAUUGCAGGAGUAUAUCAUUAGUAUAGAAACUAUAAUUUCUUGCAUGGUUGGACCAUGAGAGCCUAGAAUAAUGUAGCUUCUAUACAAUAAUAGUUUUGGAAAAGAAAGAUAUAUAUACAACGGUAAAUGUACUAUUUGAUACACGCUUCUUCAAUUAUAGCUAAAAGUUGCAUAAUUCUAGAAAAUAGAUCUACUUAAGUGAUGUAGACCAUUUUAAAAAUAAUAAAACCAUUACUCAAUGCAGUUGUUAUCUUUUUUCUACGUAUCUCAUAUUAACCACUUGAAUCUGUGUUUGCCCAUUUUAUCGGAUGUCCCCGAAGGGACAAUCCGUGUUUGCCCAUUGACUGAUGAUGUAUUGUAUUACACUGAUUUAUCAAAAACAUUCUAGAUGGUAUAUACUUAUGUUUGUGUUUGCAUGCGUUCUUUUCCAUCUCUUGCUGUUGGAGUUCCGUCAUGACUGUAAGAUGGUAUAUUAAUGCCAAGAAAAUUAUGUUAAGAGUGGUUAGUGGUCAAUUCAUAUUAGAGUGGUUAGUGAUGUAUCAGGAUAGCAUAAAAUCCAUACAUUGAUCGGUCAGCUGCCAAGAACUCUCAGGAUCUCUCAGGCUUCAGUAGCCUAAGAUUGUAGAUCACUAGAAAGAGUAGAAACUCAAUGCUAUUAUGUCUUGGCCAUUCCUGUUUCUUUAUACUCAUUGUACUAGAUACCUAGGCCAUGUUAGAGACCAUCGAAGAGCUGCCAUGUGACCUCUAUCCUCUUCUGCAAUCUUCUGGUUGAGGUAAAAAUGCCCUAAUGCUCACACUUUAGAAACAUUGUUUCCAUGUGUGAUCUUUAUAUAGUACAUAUUAGAGGAAGGUGGAAACAGGGUGCUCAAAAUAAAUCUGUUUAUUCCUAUAUUUCUCUCUUUGAAUGUGAUUUCCUUUUGCAGCCCAUUCACUUUUCGUUGCUCUUUCUCCUGGUAGGAGACUUGUGAGUGCUACUGCGAGUGGAAAUGUAGUGGCUGGGAGAGAGUCAUGAGGUGAUUUUGUGGACUCCUAACGCUGCACAAUCCGUCUAAUGGACACCCCUUGCUCACCUUGUGA